ACUGAUUUUCCAUCCCCGCAAAAUUUUCCUUCUCUUUGCUCAUUUAUUUUUCUAGGGUUUGCUAUAGAUCUCGGUUAGUCUUCCGCUGAUAAUCAACAUUCACUUAGGAGGAAGCGAAGAACAAAAUGAGAGGAUUAAUGAACAAGCUAGUGUCCCGCUCUCUCUCUGUCGCCGGCAAAUGGCAGCAACAGCAGCUCCGCCGUCUCAACAUUCACGAAUAUCAGGGUGCUGACUUGAUGAACAAAUAUGGAAUUAACGUGCCGAAAGGAGUUGCGGUUUCUUCCAUCGAUGAAGUUAAAGAAGCAGUCAAAUCUGCCUUCCCCAAUGAAAAUGAGUUGGUGGUUAAAAGUCAAAUUUUGGCUGGUGGAAGAGGCUUGGGAACAUUCCAAAAUGGUUUUAAGGGUGGAGUUCACAUCGUUAAGGCUGACCAGAUUGAAGAUAUUGCUGGGAAGAUGCUUGGCCAGAUACUUGUUACCAAACAAACUGGCCCCCAAGGCAAAGUUGUCAGCAAGGUUUACCUGUGUGAAAAAUUGUCACUAGUGAAUGAGAUGUACUUUGCUAUCACUCUGGAUCGUAAAACUGCGGGUCCGCUUAUAAUUGCCUGCAGCAAGGGAGGAACCAGCAUUGAAGACCUUGCAGAGAAAUAUCCUGAUAUGAUUAUUAAGGUACCUGUUGAUGUCUUCAAAGGAAUUACUGAUGAAGAUGCUGCCAGGGUUGUUGAUGGUUUGGCUCCCAAGGUUGCCGAUAGAAAUGAUUCUAUUGAACAAGUGAAGAAACUAUAUAAGCUUUUCUGUGAACGUGAUUGCACGUUGUUGGAAAUCAAUCCUCUUGCUGAGACUGCUAGCAACCAAUUAGUAGCUGCUGAUGCAAAGUUGAACUUUGAUGAUAAUGCUGCCUUUCGUCAAAAGGAGAUAUUUGCUCUCCGUGAUCCAUCACAAGAGGAUCCUCGGGAGGUUGCUGCUGCCAAAGCUGAUUUAAAUUACAUUGGGUUAGAUGGAGAAAUUGGUUGCAUGGUGAAUGGUGCAGGGUUGGCGAUGGCUACAAUGGAUAUAAUUAAAUUGCAUGGAGGAACUCCUGCCAAUUUUCUGGAUGUAGGUGGAAAUGCUUCUGAAGGUCAGGUGGUUGAGGCAUUUAAGAUUUUGACUUCUGAUGAUAAAGUGAAAGCCAUUUUGGUGAAUAUAUUUGGAGGAAUAAUGAAAUGUGAUGUGAUAGCAAGUGGGAUCGUCAAUGCUGCCAAACAUGUGGCCCUAAAAGUUCCUGUGGUGGUCCGUCUUGAAGGUACCAAUGUUGACCAAGGAAAGCGGAUUUUGAAGGAAAGCGGAAUGACACUAAUUACAGCAGAAGAUUUGGAUGAUGCUGCAGAGAAAGCCGUUAAGGCAGCCAGCAAAUGAGAAGUUUAAGAUACGAGUCCUUUUUUCUUAUUGUUUCUCAUCUUUCACAGCAUUGAUGAGUUUUUCCUUUAUUUUUCUUUUCAUCAAGCCCAUAGAAUCUUGUUAAUGAUAAAGCAGCAGGGGGUUACUGUCCUGCAAAAUUGAUAUAUUUGCCACAUUUGCUCCGGACAGUUGGCAUAUAAUUCAAAGUUGAUAUAACAUCUUUCUUUGAUUUAAGAAAA